CUUUUCAAUAUAUAGAAAGAUUUAUACCAUAAUCACAGAAGAUGCUUUGGUACAGGUUAACAGUUCCUAUUAAAACACCCUGACCCUAACUGUGUACGCCUAGAAUUCAUAGCUCCUCCCUUAGCUAUACACCUCUAUUUAAAGUGGACCCUCAUCAGAUCACUCUCCACCGCAUCAUCUUGUUUCACAUCUUCCAGCCUCACCGCUGGACAACACGAUGAGCCUGCCCGUGUGGAUUACUUUCCUUUUCAUCUCCGGUGUUUGCGCCAGGAAGCAGCACGACGAUACCGACGAUGAAGAGUUAUGGUCGGACAGCGUUUCCAGGGCGAGGUGCGUGUCCCGUUGCCUCAGUUUGCACAGCGUGGCGGCGCUUUCCACGUCGCUGCAGAAUAACGGAUCCUUGGGCUGGUGUCAUGAUAAUAAACAUUGCGCAAAGUGCCUGGAGCCCUGCAAAGAAUCCUGGGAGAAGCAGAGAAAAAGCAAUUGCAGAGAGCUAUGUGAGUACGUGUUUCCCAACAAGCCCUGGGAGUGUGUGACCAGCUGUGAGUUCCUUCAGUCAGUGUUGGCUGUAAAGCAGGGCAGCUGUCCACCUCCAGAGAGAGCCACUGGCUUUGCAGCAGCCUGCGUGGAGAGCUGCGAUCAUGACCGAGAAUGCUCCUCUCAGAAGAAGUGCUGCUCUAAUGGCUGUGGCCACACCUGCCAGUCCCCCAAAGACCUUUUCAAGGGUGCACCUUUGAAGCCAAAGAAGGAGCUGAGCUUUGAAGAACUCUCCUCUGGUCAGCUGAAGGUGCGUUGGUCCUCCCGCUUCAACAUCUCAGCUGAGCCUGUUGUCUACAUUCUGCAGCGGAGAUGGAACUUUGGCAUCCAACCCAGUGAGGACACUGCAACAUCCUGGCAGAUGGUUACACAGACCACAGAGCAGGGAACAAGGCUCUCUGACAUCCGGCCGGGUCGCUGGUACCAGUUUAGGGUGGCAGCUGUCAACACCCAUGGGACCAGAGGCUUCACCACUCCCAGCAAACACAUCUAUUCCAGAAGAGAACCCUCCAAUCCACCAGCUCCCACGGAGCUGAGAGUGGCAAAUAUGAGCUUUGGCCCUGGCAGGGCAGUGUCUGCUAGACUCCAAUGGAGCAUGCCUGCUGACCUGGAUGUUCCCAUCCACCACUACAAGGUCAGCUGGAGCUCGACUGCAGUUGGACAGCCCUCUGCUUCACCCAUGACCAAAAGAAGGAAGACAGUCAGAGAGAGACAAAUGGAACUGGACAGCAUGCAGUGUAACAGGAGCUACAAUGUGGAGGUCCAGGCUGUGUCUUACUGGGGACAAAGUCAGCUCAAAGGACCCAGAGCCAUCCUCCACUUCACUACUCAGCGCACCACCACUGCUGCUCCAGGAAAACCUACUGGUGAUAUUCUGGAUGUGGGGAAACCUUUCUACCAUGACGGUCAGCUGCAGGUUCAUGUUUACUGGCAGAGAAGCAUGGAUCCUUCAGUUCAAUUCUAUAGAGUCCGCUGGGGACCAGAUUAUUGUGGACACAACCAGACCAGAACUGUGGAGAAGAUCAGCACACGGGAGAACUUUGUCAGCCUGCAGGGCUUGCUAUUCUCAUGUAAGUACAAAGUCCUUCUGCAGCCAGUCAGCAAGAACAGUCAUCCUCUGACAGAGUCUGCCAGCUUCUUCACUCCUUCCUGUGUCAGCAUCCAGGCCAAGAGUCAAAAACCCAUUACCUGCCCUGGAGAAAAAGCAUCCCAUCAGAAGGUUCUGAUGAAGGCCGCCAACCUGACAGCAUCCUUUGAGGUCCAGGGUGGCAACAUGACAGCCAUCUUUAGUUGGGAUUUGUCCACAGUCCUUCCCCAUGAGCAUCUGAAUGGUUACCAAGUGACCUGGGCAGAGGUCAUCCCCACCAGUCAUCACAACAACGACAAGUUGCCUCACAGCCUCAUAUCCCAAUCCCAGAUUAUACCCCCGGAUAGUAAUGUUCUGGUGGUGACCGGCCUGCACCCUGCCAGUCUGUACAGACUGGAGGUCCAGGCCAUCACAACAGAAGGUGAAGGUCCUGCAACCACCCGAACCUUCCAAACUCCUGGACACCAAAGAACCCUGAAGCGCAGACCCAGGCUGAGGAAGCAUCACCUUAAACAGGCAAUCAUUGAGAGGCACUGAGUCCAGCAACGAUUUUAAUCCCUCCUCGCAAUAUCCUAAUGGUGUAAAAACAACUGCCAGACUGUUAUCGACAAAUGAAACACAGAUUCACAGUUACAGUACCAACAUUUUGACAAACCUCCAUUCAUCAAACAUGGUUUCAUGGAUUUACAUUACAGUACAAAGGUCUCACAGUUAAUCUGAUAUUUAGAUUUAAUAUAUCAACACAAUAGAAGAUCAAAUACUCUGCUGCAGUUCAUUUAAUCCAUUACUCUGAAAGUACAGUUCCCUACAGUCCCUUUGACUCCCAGUUAAGAGAUAAAUCUCAGUACUUUUGUGAUAGGUGGUUACACAUCAUAAUAGCAUGAGGAUAGUGUAACUAUACCAAUUUUAUUACCUGUAGGGCUGGGUAUGGUUGGAACAUUUUAUUAAAAUAAUAAGCCAGCACCUAAAGAAUGACAUUUUAUACAAAAAGGUGUUUUCUUAUCAUAAAAUGUCAAACUUUAAAAGUUUAAAACCCUUUACUGGAUUCACACUUUGCACAGUUAGUGAUCCAGUCUUGAUGAACCUGCCUGAAGAACAAUGUGUUUCUGUCUCAGUCCGUGGAGAUGAGGACAGCAGCAGCCAUUAUCCUUUAGUGCUUGUUUGGGUUUUCACACAAUUAGCU